AUGACCCUGCUCGGCCAGCGCCUGCUGCAGGCGCCGCCUGGCCGCGCCGAGAUGCGCAACCUGCAAUCUCUGCCCCGAACAGCGCACGGGCCCCGCACGGCCGCCGCUGCGGCGGCCCCCCGCGCCGUGUCCGGCCUGGCCCGCAGCCGCACGGCAUAUGCCCCGGCUCGCCGCGCCGACCCACGCCUGAGCAGCCCCGCCACGGCGGCGCGCCGCGGCGCGCGCGGUCGCGGCCUCUUGGUGCGCGCCUCGGCGGCGGCGGCGGCAGCUGCCGCGACGACCGGCAACGGCGCGCCUGUGCUGGAGCCGACGGAUCGAGUGCUCAAGCUCUGGCGAAGCUGCAACGCCGUUUGCCUCGACGUGGAUUGCACCAUCACUGUGAAUGACUCAUUGGACCUCCUGGCUGAGUUCAUGGGGGUGGGCCAGGAAGUGGCGGCGGUGACAAACAAGGCGGCUGCCCGCAAGGGCAUCCUGCGGCUGCGGCUGAUCGUGCGUAAAGCACUCGAGAUCGCGCCACAGCACGCCGCACGCCCGGUACAUGUGAUCACGCCAUGA